CGGUUUUUCCACUUCUAGUUUGUCUUUGAAGGCAUCCAUGCAGGGAAUCCCGGCUUGGCAGUGGACAAUGUGGCAGUUUCUCCCUGUGAAGAUAUUUUCGCCAGCUGUGAUUUCAACAACAACAUGGACCCAUUCUGUGGCUGGAGAGAGUCUAUGAAUAACACCUGGAAGCGGACAAACCAAAACACCCCAACCGAAGACACUGGGCCCCCUGGAGAUUAUCCCCACGGUGAAGGCUACUACAUCUACGUAGAAGGCGGCCAACUGAAGCCGAAUGGGUCUACGCGUUUAUACAGCUCAUCAUUCUGCAUCAGUCAGGAGGCCUGCGUUGAAUUCUACUACCACAUGCAUAGCGUCGUGGAAGUGGAGACUCAGUUGCAGGUCCUGCUGGAGGACCCUUCAGGAAGCGCCGUUCUACUCUGGAACCGUACGGGGACCCAGAGUCCCAACUGGCUGCAUGGAUCUGUGACACUGCCGUACACCAGAGCACAGCCAAGCAAGGUGGUUUUUGAGGUUAUCAGAGGAAGGAACGCCUACUUGGACGUGUCGUUGGAUAACAUUUUGGUGCACAAGGGCCAUUGUGCAGAACACCCACCAACUCCUGUGCCUCCAAGCACCAUUGCAACAGCUCCAACAACGACUGUGGGUCCCAACAUCACCGUCCCCACUGGAACAGCCACUACUCCCAUCAUCACCAGCACAGCUGUGGGUCCCAACAUCACUGUCCCCAUUGGAACAGCUGCUACUCCCAUCACCACCAGCACAGCUAUCCAACCCAACAUCACCAUCCCCACUGAAACAGCCACUACUCCUAUCACCACCAGCACAGCUGUGGGUCCCAACAUCACUGUCCCCAUUGGAACAGCUGCUACUCCCAUCACCACCAGCACAGCUAUCCAACCCAACAUCACCGUCCCCACUGGAACAGCUGCUACUCCCAUCACCAACAGCACAGCUAUGAGUCCCAACAUCACCGUCCCCAUUGGAACAGCUGCUACUCCCAUCACCACCAGCACAGCUAUCCAACCCAACAUCACCGUCCCCACUGGAACAGCUGCUACUCCCAUCACCAACAGCACAGCUGUCGGUCCCAACAUCACUGUCCCCACUGGAACAGCCUCUACUCCCAUCACCACCAGCACAGCUGUCCAUCCCAACAUCACUGUCCCCAUUGGAACAGCCUCUACUCCCAUCACCACCAGCACAGCUGUCCAUCCCAACAUCACUGUCCCCACUGGAACAGCCUCUACUCCCAUCACCACCAGCACAGCUGUCCAUCCCAACAUCACCAUCCCCACUGGAACAGCCACUACUCCCAUCACCACCAGCACAGCUGUCGGUCCCAACAUCACCAUCCCCACUGGAACAGCCACUACUCCCAUCACCACCAGCACAGCUGUCGGUCCCAACAUCACCAUCCCCACUAGAACAGCCUCUACUCCCAUCACCACCACCAAACCUACAACACAGAGGCCAGGUGUGGACCAGACGACUCCUGAGCAACCUCCAGAUUCCGCAUCCUGCAUAGUUUCUGGAGAUCCCCAUUACACAACGUACGAUGGCCGCCUCUUCCACUUCAUGGGGAACUGCACCUACCUGCUCACUGCCACGUGCAAUGCUACACCUGACCAGCCCACCUUCCAGAUCCAGACAACCAACGAACACCGCGGAAGCAACACCAAGGUUUCCUACCUCAAGUCAGUCAACAUAACUGUGCACGGGACGGAGAUUGUGCUACUGAAAGGGCGGAGAGUAACGGUAGAUGGAAAGCGAGUGACCUUGCCUGUCUCUCUGGCUGGGGGACGAGUGUCUGUGCGCCUGAGUGGCACUUUUGUUCGGGUCCAAACGGAUUUCGGCCUCUCGGUGAGAUUUGAUGGGAACCACCAUGCUGAGGUCUCCGUCCCAUCGUCCUAUUUUGGGAAGCUCUGCGGCCUUUGCGGAAACUUCAACGGACAAGCAGGAGAUGACAACCUCAUGGCCGAUGGCACCUCGGCGGGGGCGGAUGCCAACCAGCUGGGGAAGAGCUGGCAAGUGCCCAACAUAGGUGAUGCCAGCUGCACGGACUCAAAAGAUCCCGAGAAAUGCCACCCGGACAUUGCAGAGGAGGCUCAGGGACCCACCAGUUGUGGGAUUCUUACAGAUCCUCAAGCAUUUCUCUGCGUCCUGGAUCUCUUUGAAAUUCAUCAUUUUAGAGACGUCCCAUAUCUAAAGAACAUUUGUCCCUAG